AUGGAGAAUGCAGAUCCGGUCAUAUCUAAUGAAAAAUGUGCAGCAUGUAUGUACCUAAGGAAAAAAUGUGCUGCAAAUUGCCAAUUAGCUCCAUAUUUUCCUUCCGAUAGAACUGAAGAUUUCCAAAAUGUUUAUCAACUUUUCGGCGUAAGCAACAUCAUAAAUAUGCUUAAUUCAGUUGAUGAUGAUGAUGAGCAAAAAGGAAAAAUGGCAGAAAGCUUAAUUUUAGAGGCAAAGAUUAGGAAAGAAAACCCUGUGUAUGGUUGCCUUGCUAUUGAAAGAAAACUGAGGUUAGCAAUUCAAGAAACCGAAAAGGAACUUGAAAUAGUACAGAAAACAAAUGCAUUUUACAAAGAAAUGGCCAAAUCUCAAAUGCAAAAAUAG